AUGGAAAUCCCUGCGAAACUCCCUUUCUCCAAGCGGCGACUCCGACCGCGUGUUGUUAUCUCCUACAUCUUUGACUAUGUGAUCAUUAUUGCAUGCGCUAUCGCCUUCUCAAUCCUCAACAAGAUCGAGCCCUUCCACCAACAUUUCUCCCUCAAUAACAUCUCCAUCCAAUAUCCUUAUGCCGUACACGAACGAAUCCCCAUGGCUUAUUGCCUCUGCAUCUCUGCUGCCUUUCCACUCGCCCUCAUUAUAGUUUACACCUUGGUCCUCGAUGGUUUGUUUUCGCACCAUAAACCACGGGACGCAGUGUCUGGGAAGCGGAAGCUGAGAGGUCCGCAUCGCUGGAAGGACAGACUUUGGGAACUCAAUUGUGGUGUUUUAGGACUUUUGCUGGCGCAGGGACUCGCGUUUGUCAUCACACAGGCGCUGAAGACUGCAUGUGGCAAGCCGAGACCCGAUCUCAUCGAUCGUUGUCAACCACGCCCUGGUAGCAAGGACCUGUUCCCAGGAUUGUCGAACUCAACGAUCUGUACAGGUGAUCCCGCCUUGUUAACAGAUGGAUUUCGGUCGUGGCCGUCCGGCCACAGUAGCUCCUCCUUUGCUGGUCUCGUUUACACAUCGCUUUGGUUAGGUGGAAAGCUGCACAUUAUGGACAAUCGCGGCGAGGCCUGGAAGGCUCUUCUCGUCAUGGCUCCUCUACUAGCAGCAGGUCUCGUGGCCGUAUCGCGUAUCAUGGACGCGCGCCACCACCCCUUUGACGUGAUCACGGGGUCAAUGCUUGGCAUCGUCUGCGGCUUUGUCGCAUAUCGCCAGUAUUUCCCACCGAUCACCGAAGCCUGGCAGAAGGGUCGCGCCUACCCAAUCCGAACCUGGGGGGCUGAUCCUGCAGGACCCGAUACCGUUCGAUUUAUAGGCUCCAAAGGCGGGAGCUCGACGGCGCUCCGCAACCAAGAAGAAGAGCGCAUGGACCCGCCAGAUCUCCCUAGAUCGGAACAUGCCAAACCCACCGCAUCUACCUACCUUCAGUCCUCCAACCCAUACACAUCCAAUGUGUAUAAUCGCCGCCCGCACGACAAUGACGCCGAUGGUGGUGCUUGGUCGUCGAGUGAGGAUGACGUUACCAACGGGUAUGAGAUGCGACAUGGUCAUACUAUAGGGCAGAAUACCGGUGCCGGUCACCAUGCGCCUCAAUAUGACCCCAGUAAUGCAUAUGUGUCCCAGACACAACCGCUGACGGCUGAUACGGGAAUAUAUGCUACUGACGCGAUGGCGGGUCCUGGGCGUCCGUUGACGGACAUGCCCGGUCGGGCGAUCUAA